UCACUGUCAGCCUGAAAAGGUUAAUCUUGACUGCUUCAAGUAGGAGUGUCUAAUUUCUGCUAUAAAGAGCAGAGUGUGUGGUGUUCAGUUUAGGGGAAGUAAGAACCUUGAGACAGGAAGCUUUUCAAUCACUUCUUUGGCAGAAGAUGUUGAGGAUCGCUGUAUGGCUGUGUGCAGGAGUGUCUCUGUGGGGCUCUGCAUUUUGCUCCAUGAGAUGUCCUGAUGAAUCUUCAUGCUCUGAUCUGGAAACAUGUUGCCUCACUGCUCAUGGAUAUAGUUGCUGUCCAUACCCAAAGGCUGUGUGCUGCUCUGACCUGGCCAACUGCUGUCCCUCCAAGUAUCGCUGUGACCAGGCCACACAGAUGUGCGUAAAACAAUACCAGCCAUGGAUCACCAUACCAAUGGUGAAGAAAGUGGCUGCAGAGGUGCCAAACACCCCUGAUCUGUCUCUAACCCCCUUUGAGGAGGUUGAGAACAACAAUUUCCCAGAGAAAUUAAAAAGCUCAGUUGUGCACUGUGACAACUUUAAUGUGUGUCCUGAUGGCACCACCUGCUGCAAACACCCACAAGGUGACUGGAUCUGCUGCCCCUUCUCCCCUGGAAAAUGUUGUCUGGAUGGCUUCAACUGUUGUCCUUAUGGUUAUAACUGUGAUCACUCUUACACUCACUGUGUCAGGGAAGGACUGGAGUAUCUGUUCACCAAAAAACAAUCUCUGACUUCAGUCCCAGCUUCUUAUGUUUCAAAGACUAAGCACAGAAGCAGCAGGAAAGAGAAACCAAUGACAGCUCUGACAGAAGCCAGUGGCAGCUCCUUUAAUCAGGGUAUCAUUCGCUGUGAUGACAAAUUUUACUGCCCAAGUGGCUCAAGCUGCUGCAAGGGAGCAAAGGGCCAGUGGAACUGCUGUAGCUACCCACUGGGCGUGUGCUGUGCAGAUGGUCAGCACUGCUGUGAGUACGGAUACCAAUGUGACCCCUCUUCAGCCAAAUGCACAAUGUAGACCACCUGAGGACUGCUGUGACACACCAAAAGCACUGAAAUUGGAUUAUUCAACUGUUCUUUGACUGUUUUACACUAAUUUAUGGUCAGCAUUUCCAGUAAAAUCAUCAAAUUCCUUAUUAUCUCAUUUAGGUUGUAGACUGGGUAAAACCUGUCUCCAGAACAGUUAAUGGGUAAUUGAUUUGUUCAGAACUACAUGAGAUUAUUUUUACUAUAAAGGGUCUAUCUGCCUUUAGGUUCAGGUUAAAGUUUUUGAUUGCAAAUAUGGAAAUAUGAUAUAUAUUGAGAAUGUUAUACCAGCUUCUUAUUUUCAUUCAUAACUGUUUUUAAGCUUUAUCCUUCUCAUAAUGAUCUGCUUUUUGAAUUGGAUUGACAUUAGAAAUUUACAAUUGAAUUUAGUUCAUUUUUAAAUAAAGUUAAAAUAAAUAACUUUUUCCCUGGAACAGGUAAA